AUGAAAUCAAAUAAAGUGCCAGGUCCAGAUGAGAAAGUUGUUGAAGAAAUUAAAUGUUUUGAUGAAUUUGCCAUUGAAAAAGGUGUCACGCUGCUGAAAUGUUUCUUUGAGAAAAAUUAUAAAAUUAGUUGGACUUCUCAUACUUCGAAUGAGGAUUUAUUAAAACAGUUCGGUUAUGAAAAGAGGAAAUUAAUACAGAUAGUCCUACCAUGGCAGUUGAAGUUUUUCAGUGACAUCAUGCGGAAGGAAAGAAUGGAAAAUCUAACAACUACUGGAAAGAUUGCAGGAAAAGGAGAUCGCGGUCAACAACGAAUAACAUUUGUGAAGUCCUUGUGUCACUUGUUGAAUAUCGCCACAUUUCAAUUCUUACAAAGCGUUAAAGAUCGGGUUUUGUUUAGAUCGAUGGUCGCCAAUAUCCUGAAAGGAUAA